CUGAUUUAUUGUUUAUGUCAGUUGGGAGGUUGAACUUGAAACACUGUGGAAGAGAAGUUGAACACAUUGUUUUCAGUGACUGUUUUCUGAGACAUUCUGGAAUUAUCUAUGUGUUCUGAUAUUGUUGAUGUUCGGUGAUACAAUUGGACCUGAAUCAUCUGAGUGGAUUCCUCUGGGACAAAUUCUCUUCGUCAUACUCCAUCAACUCAUCAGCUCUUCUUUCCUUCGUACUUGAUUAACUGAAUAUUAUUCCUCGUGAAGUGCACCCCAAAGUCUGCCCUUUAUGACGAGCCUGUUCAAGUCUAUAGGGAAAAGGGUUGAUGCAUGAACUAAAGUCCCAAGCUCAUGAUCAAAUAUAAAUAUGUCUGAUGAUUGUUAGAAAAUGUCAUUCUGGCUGCUUUAGGAAAGGUGAAACAAAAGCCAGAGAGCAGUUAUCAUGAGCUCCAUGCAAUCAAACUCCUCAACAGAUUUGACCUUUGUUCGACCUGCAACAUUUUUUAUCAGUGAUUUUUCUAAUAUUCCACAUGCAAAAUACUACUAUGUGUUCUUGUCUUUAGUGUAUGUUGUAACUGUUUUGGGGAAUUCAUUUAUCAUGUGUAUCAUGUAUUUGGCCCGCAGACUUCACACAGCCAAAUACAUUGCUGUUUUUCAUCUGGCACUUUCUGAUCUUUGUGGAAGCUCAGCUUUGAUUCCAAAAAUCAUUGACAUGUUUUUAUUUGAUCACCAAGACAUUUCUUAUGAAGCGUGUUUAACAAAUAUGUUUUUUGUAUAUCAUUUUAUGAAUCUGCAGUCUUUGACACUACUCGCUUUGGCUUAUGACAGACUGGUUGCCAUUUGUUUUCCUCUACGGUAUCAUGCCAUUGUAACCAAACCAGCAAUGUUUCUGAUCGUAGGGGUGAUGUGGAUUGUGUCUGUGAUAUUUUUUUCUGUACUUGUAGGUUUGCUGAAUAGAAUAUCUUUUUGUAGGUCUAAUGUACUUAAUAGUUAUUUUUGUGAUUAUGCCCCUAUCUGUGCACUAGCUUGUAAUGAUAUUUCCAUAAAUAUUUUGAUGGGUAAAAUUUCCUAUGGGCUCCUGAUUUGCACACCACUCAUACUGAUCAUUAUUUCAUAUUUCUGCAUUUCUGUGGCUCUGCUUAAGAUUGCUCACGGUGCUGACCGAAUCAAGGCCAUAAAAACCUGCACCUCACAUCUCAUAUUGGUGACUAUUUUUUAUCUCCCAGUUUUGUGCAAUGUCCUUGCAUCUGUAACAACACCUUUGCAUCCAAACUUCCAGAUAAUUAACAAUUCUCUGACUCAGACAAUACCACCAAUGCUGAAUCCCAUCAUAUACACGCUAAAGACAGAAGAGGUCAUGCAGUCCAUAAAAGAACUGUACAAAUGCAGCAAAGUGAAUACAACUAAAGAAAAUAAAAUGAAAUGCAGAAGGAUAAAGUUAAAAUAAAUACAGGUUUCAUCUCAUAUCUUCUGAUCAGUGUGUGAAACAGCAGGAGGUGGAUUUUGCCUUGCACAAUAUUGGUGUUGACUUUCAUUACAUGCCUGAAAGAAACUCUUUGACUACAGAUAUUUAGUUUUGUUUCAUCAGCUGUGAUCAUUUAACAAAUAUCUCAUUAAACAGAGUUCCUUGAUGAAAUACUGUAUGUAGAUGUUGUACAUUUACAAAAUAUACUGAAACAUUUAUUGAAGUUUAUGUAAUUGCU